AUCGAUGUAUCGAGUGACAAAAAUAACGUCCAUGAAAACUUCACAUAAUAAAACAAAUGACAGUUUGGCCGGUGUUUGGCGCCUAAAGUUAGGCUAGGCGUCUCUGAAUUCGCUUACGUCAAAUUACGGGAUCACAGUAUUCACAGUGCACACAAUGUAAUCGUAUCAUAAGUUGACUUUUUCGUCAUUUCCAAAGAGUGCCCGUACAGAUUUAUACACCGUGUGUCUCCUCAUGAUACAGCAAAUCCUUCCACGAGUAUCUACGCGCGAUAGAGUCCUUCUGUUUUAGGAUCGAAGCCUCUAAGUACAACCUCAGUGAACUUGUAAACAUACAGAAAUAUGCCGAAAGUGCCGAGGAAACUCGCGAGAGCCACGUCACAAUCGGCCAAAGCGCCCGUUCAGCCGCACUUCGCCAUCCCUACGCAAUCCUCGUUGAUGAAAGAGCGGACGCGCCCGACGAAAUCGUCAUCGAUGGAGGAUGCGAGCGAGUCGAAGAAAUCGCAGGGAGGCGGCAUUCUCAAAUUGAACAGAAUCCACAGGAAACGGAACGGCGUCACGAAGCAGAGCAGGGGUAUGCAGAUGCUGAUAAUGGUACUCAAACAAAAUCAACGGGACCGUCGUACGACCGUUUAUCUCCCCGGUGGCGAUCUGGCGGGAACGACCUGUCAGCUGGACAGCACGCUCAUUUCGCUUAAGAGCGACUUGAUCAAGGACGUGUCCUGCGAUCUGAAAAAAAUUAGCGCCGGUAGUCCAGCGAAAGUGGCGACUCGCCGUGGCGGAUCGACGUCGAGAGUCGUCAGCGAGUCGUCGUCCUUCCGCGCCGAAGAUUCGCACGUUUCUCCCCAGGACGGAAGCGCGAACUGCGCGGGAAAAGAUAACUCUGAGAACAUCCCCGUCCCCUCCGAGAAGCGUACGUUGGUAAACGUUACGUAUCAGCUUCGUUCGAUCGGAUUGCGUUCGAUCGACGAGGAUGUGCCCGCGGAUCCGCGUUGCGAGGUCGAUCAGGACCUCUGCCAUCCGACGGAAACCGAAGAGAAACCGGACGAUCCUCCGAACAGAGAUCGCUCCGAGAUCGAGGCGCGAGUACACCCGCCGCGGGAUUUGGACGUCGCGACGAGUGGCGAACGCACUUUGACGUACGGAAAAGCCGAGGGCGAACACGCCGACGUCGACCGCGCGUGUCACGCCGACUCGCAAGGUCCCCAGAGCGCGAGAUUAACGAAGCACGUUGGUAAUCCGAGAAACAAUUCGGCGAACGACAGGCCGAUUGUGAGCGGUGCGACUGUCCGGAAGAGGGCUGUUCUUCAAAGGAAUCUUGCUUCCAAUCAGCGAGUCUGGAGGCCACCCGGCGCCCCGAAAACGUGGGUUACGGAAAGCGCAACGUCUUUGCGACCGAUAUCGCAGAAGUUGUCUCAAUCCGAAAAAUCCACCGCCUCGACGAAGAGCAAACACUCGUCGACUGAACGCAUCGAAUCCUUCAGCAGUGAUUCUACGGGUAUUUCUACGGGCUCGUCGGCAAAUCAGUCCAAGAUGCCGAUGAAAGAGAACAGAGACCCUCAGGCGAAUCGCAUGACUAAAGUCUACGAGCAUCUCGCGGCAGUGAAACAGCGGCAGAGGCUGCAAAGCGGAGGGACGCCGAAGAAGAAAAGAUCGCGAACAAAGAUCGGUCCAGCUUUAGUUAAACGCGACGACACGAAAUCUCUGUCGAAAUCGAAAUUGCCGCGAUAUUGUCAAGCGCGAUCGGUCACGCCGAAGAAAUCAUUGAGGAAUUUGAACAACGUCGGACAGCGUCCGACCAAGUCCGUCACGAUUUACAACAGAUCGAAAACUUUGGAGGUAAUCCACACUAUGAAAAAUAUCGGCAGCGUAAGAAAGGACGAAGACGCGGAGAAAAAUGUGAAGGGUGACGACUUCCGUCGCGAGAAAAAAAACGACAGCGAGAUCCAAACGUCGUCGAACAGCGACACUUCGCAGAUUAGCGAGCUACGUGUUCCGACGAAAGACACAAACUUGGAUGAGGCGGAUCGACCUUCCCAGAGAUCGAUAAGCACGCAGACGGAAUUGGAUUCUCCUUCCGCUUGCCACGAAAUUGACGCCGAGCGGGACCAAGAUCUAAAGAAAAUUUUUAAACUGGAGACUCGAAUUGUCGCAACGCAAACGUCGCCAAUUUCCAGCAGAAAUGCAGUUGAAAUUGGAUGCAACACUUCUGUCGUUUAUAAUGAUGCAGAGGUUUCCUGCGAUCUCAUAGGCUCCACAAACUUGAAGGAAGUUGAUCCAACCGUGAUUGAAGAUAAAUCGAUGUUGAAUGUCGAUAGUAACGAAAAUAAAGGACUUCUGCUUAGCGAGUGCAAAGAGACAUUAAAUGCGGAGACGAGCUUAAAAUUAGAAAAUUGUGAUAGCGCGAAAAAUUCGGCAAAAGCGACAAACGAUGCUGCUAGAGAGAUAGAGAAGAUUACGCUUGAAAAUGCUUGCCAAAUUUCUCAGAACAGCAUCGAUAUCGAUCAAAAUCAGAAAUCCGCAAAGUGCUCCAGUGUAAAUAAAACUUCAGUAAAUAGUCUAUUUUUAGAAAGAUCUCGAUCGUCGAUCUACGAUGCAUCUUGCUUUUCCGAAGAAAUCGUGGAGCGUCCCGAAAAUGACGUCCGAUGCGAAGAUAUGGUCACGUCGGAAUUGAAGGUGGAGGAUAUACCGAGCGACGUGGUCGUGGCUUUCGAGCUCGCGGCGGAGCGCGCGCGCAAUCUUCACGAAGCGGUCAUUAUAUACCACAAAAAUUUAAUGUCGAGGGAAUCGGGGAAGCGAAAUGAGGAGAAGAUUACGGUCGAAGAUUGCGAGACGUCCGAGUUCCGCGACGAGAAUUCACUCGUAAAUCGCGAAAAUAUAAAUAAAAUAAAAACCGAAUUGGAAGCGAUGUGUCAUCUGAUGAAUAACGAAGAUUUCGGCGGAUUUUCAACGUGCUCGUCGCGCGGCAGUAGCUCCGACCAGAGAUGCGGAUCGGAAUUUUCGAGAUCGUCGAGGAACGAUCGUUUUGGGGUAAGGCGAGAAGAGAGCGUUGUUCUCUCAGAAAACGAGCGAGCGAGAUCGAACCUAAACGAACGCUCCGAUCUCGAAGAUGUGAAAUCGUUGAUGCAACUGGUGCAUCGCUCGGAAGAGGAUUAUGCGCUCGAAUUGUUAGAAUCGGAGAAAGAUGAAAGUUUUGAUACGGAAAGAAAUAAUUAUAAAACUUUGGCACUUCCCGCAGCAGUUGAUAGAGAUUCUUUUAUAUCGCGCGAGAAUAUGUUUCCUUUUAUUUGUUGCAUUGUUUGCACUGUAAUAUUUUGGUUUUUGCAAUUUUCGUUCCGAUGCGACUCGAAGAAGUAACCUUGUGUAAUUUACAUUUUUAUAUAUUCAGACACCGUAUAAUAUUGAUUUCGUUAAUAUUUCACUUAAAUGUUUU